GGUUGUACGAAGCCGCUGCUGCUGCUGGUGUGUUGUUGAUCAAACAUAAGCCGUCUUCAGUAAGGAAAGGUACGGGUUUGAUUAGAAUUGACAAACAUGCAGGCCUCAGAUUUUCACUUAGUGGUACUGUGGUUGGUUUUGCUCCAGGCUGCUGCUAGUUGUCAGAGUCAGGCAAACAUAUCCAGCAUGCUGGCACCGCAGGCGGAUCGGGUCAUGGCACUCGGAGAAUGGGAGGAACGCUGGCAGGAGGAGAGAACUGGCUUCCAUCAGCCUCAUGUACACAAGAUGCUGGAGAACAAUAUUGAUAAAGUUCUCGCCGGACGGACAGGAGUUCGCUUCUUCUUCCCUCUCUGUGGGAAAGCAGUAGAUAUGAAGUGGUUAGCAGAUAUGGGCCAUUCAGUGGUUGGGGUGGAGAUAUCAGAAAAGGCCAUAAAACAGUUCUUUGAGGAGAACAACUUGACCUACAGUGAAGAGCCUGUCCCUGCCAUACCUGGAGCAAAGGUUUACAAGAGCUCAGAGAAAAAUAUCUCCUUAUAUCAAUGUGACCUGUACAACUUCUCCAGUUCCAUCGAGGGUCAGUUCGGGGCAAUCUGGGACAGGGGAUCUCUGGUGGCUAUCAACCCAAGAGACAGAGAAAAGUAUACUGCUCUCAUCAUCUCUCUCAUGGCUGAAGACUGCAGAUACCUUUUGGACACUUUGCUGUACAAUCCCGAAUUAUAUAAAGGUCCUCCCUUUUUUGUGCCUGAUGAGCAAGUGCACAGCCUGUUUGGGAACAGCUGUGAUAUCGAGCUGGUGCACUCGGUGGAUGCCUUGACAGACAGACAGCGAGGCUGGGGGCUGGACUACCUGACCGAAAAUGUACACCUCAUCACUCUAAAGAGCAGUUAAAAUUAUCUUGUAAGUUUAAAGAGUGCAGAAAUCUUUGGCUUUUUUGCAAACACAGGUCCUAGGCAAUUUUUUUAUGCUUACACAUCUUCUUGAUAAAGCGCAGUUUUGGGGGAAAAUAGAGGUGAAUGGAAAUAAGAUGUCAAGAGAAUUUCUACUCACAAAUUUUAAUAAUUAAUAAUUAAGUAAUGUAACAUAAACUGUUUUCAAUGCCUGACGAAAUAAAACAUGUUUUGUAACAAGA